CCCAUCCCUAAGUAUGAGAAUAUAUACAUUCGACAGUCAAUAGCAAACUGGGAGCUGAAAGAUGGAAGUCCCUUCCUGUUUGUAUCUUGCAGUACUUUAUGGGACUUUCUUAAGUCUACUACUUGGUUAUGGAAGUUUAGGGUGCAUGGAGGAAGAAAAAGUUGGUCUUUUGCAACUUAAAGCUUCCUUCAAUCACCCAAAUGGCACAGCCCUUUCUUCUUGGGGAGCAGAGGUUGGUGAUUGUUGCAGAUGGGAAUAUGUCACAUGUCAUAACAAAACAAACCGAGUGACCCGACUUUCUCUCAUUGAUAUCAGACACUUUGAGUUCGGAAAGUGGUCCUUGAAUGCCUCCCUACUUCUUCCCUUCCAACAGCUUCAAAUUUUAGAUCUGUCUUUGAACGAAUUGACAGGCAUUCAAGGCUUACUAAGAUUGAAAAAAUUACGAGUUCUGAAUGUUGGAGUGAAUGAUUUGACAACAAUUCCAAAUUUAAGUGCCCUACCUUCACUCAAGGUUUUGGAUCUUAGCUUCAAUCAUAUAAAUUCUUCCCAAUUGCAAGGACAUAAAUAUUUGAGCAGACUGGAGGUGUUGAAGCUAUAUGGGAAUGGUUUAAUGGGUGGUAUUCCACCGAUUAUUGGCACUUUGGGCUAUCUUAAAGCCUUAUCUCUUGGCUACAAUAAUUUAAAUGAUUCUUUUUCCAUGGAAGGCUUGUGCAAACUCAACCUUGAAGAGCUGGAUCUUAGUAAUAAUGGAUUUGAGGGUAGUCUUCCUGCGUGCCUCAACAAUUUGACAUCCCUACGUUUGCUUGACCUAUCCAGAAAUGAUUUUCGUGGAACUAUUCCUCCAUCUCUCUUCUCCAAUCUGAAGUCACUCGAGUACAUUUCUCUUUCUUACAAUCAUUUCGAGGGCUCAAUCUAUUUUGGUUCACUUUUCAACCACUCCAGACUCGAGGUCUUCGAACUUUCUAGCAAUAACAAGUAUUUGAAGGUUGAGACUGAAAAUCCAACAUGGUCAUUUCCUCUAUUUCAAUUGAAAAUCCUCCGGUUAUCCAAUUGCACCCUCAAUUGGCCAAGCCAGGUUGUACCAAGCUUUCUUUUGAGUCAAUAUGAUUUGAGAGUGGUCGACUUUGGCUACAACAAUAUGACAGGAAAAGUCCCAACCUGGUUAUUAGCCAAUAAUACUAAACUAGAAUACCUAAGCUUUGAAAGUAACAGCUUGACAGGUGUUCUUGAUUUGGGCUCAAAUUCAAUACAUUACUACAUGUGUGUGCUUGAUUUCUCCUUGAAUUGCAUUCAUGGAGAGCUUCCACCUUUCAUCGGCUCUAUUUUUCCAAGGUUGGAGGUCUUAAACUUGUCUGGAAAUGCAUUACAAGGUAAUAUUCCUUCCUCAAUGGGUGACAUGGAACAGUUGGGAUCUUUAGAUUUGUCAAACAAUAAUCUCUCGGGACAACUACCUGAGCACAUGAUGAUGGGUUGCAUCUCAUUGGAGGUUUUAAAGCUAUCCAACAAUAGUUUACAUGACACUCUUCCCAUAAAAUCGAACUUGACACUGUUAUCCUCUUUGUCUUUGGAUAACAAUGACUUCUGGGGAGAGAUUUCUCGUGGAUUUUUGAAUAGCUCUUCCCUACUAUUGUUGGAUGUCAGCUCCAACUCGUUGAUGGGUCAAAUUCCAGAUUCGAUUGGAGACUUCUCAGCCUUGAGGACACUUAUCUUGUCUAGAAAUUAUUUGGAUGGUGUUGUGCCAACAGGCUUUUGCAAACUCAAUGAACUACGCUUUUUAGACCUUUCUCACAACAAAAUUGGCCCAACCCUUCCUCUUUGUGCCAAUCUAACAAACAUGAAGUUUUUACAUUUGGAAAGCAAUGAACUAAUAGGACCUAUACCCCAUGUUCUGGCUGAAGCUACCUCUCUUGUGACAUUGAAUUUGAGGGAUAACAAACUAUCAAGCCCAAUUCCCCCUUGGAUUAGUUUACUUUCAAAAUUGAGGGUUCUUCUCUUGAAAGGAAAUCAACUUGAAGACUCAAUUCCUCUUCAUUUGUGUCAGCUCAAAUCAAUCAGCAUACUGGAUCUUUCUCAUAAUCAUCUUUCCGGAUCCAUACCUCCUUGCCUAGAUAAUAUAACUUUUGGAAGAGAAGUUGCAUUAAUGGAUGACACAUUUUUUAUAGAAGGCUUUGAGUCGUGGUGGGGUGCUUCCCCAGAAACAUAUUCAUAUGAAAAUCAACUUUCUGUGUACGUGGAUAUGGAUUUCAGUUUUGAGACAUCCGCUGAAAGUGAAGAAAUAGAGUUCAUAACAAAGAGUAGGUCCGAAUCUUAUAUGGGAAACAUCUUGUACUUCAUGUCUGGAUUGGAUCUUUCAGGGAACAAAUUGGCAGGUCCAAUUCCUCCAGAAAUUGGAAAUCUAAGUGGGAUUCAUACUCUAAACUUAUCGUACAACCAGUUGACAGGAUCUAUUCCACAUACAUUUUCCAACCUAAAGGAAAUAGAAAGCUUGGACCUAUCCCACAAUAGAUUGACAGGUCAAAUUCCACCACAGAUGGUAAUAGAGUUAAACUUCUUGACGAUUUUCACUGUCGCUCACAACAAUUUAUCAGGUAAGACUCCAGAGAGGAAGUUUCAGUUUGCAACAUUUGAACAAAGCAGUUACGAGGGCAACCCUCUUCUAUGUGGGCUGCCAUUAGAUCAAAGUUGCACUCCCACUAGUGCCCCACCUGCAGUCAAACCACCAGUUUCAGACAACAGAGAAAAUAGCUCUUGGGAAGCCAUAUUCUUAUGGAGUUUUGGAGGAUCAUACGGAGUGGCAUUCUUAUGCAUCGUUGCUUUUCUCUACUUGAACUCCUAUUACCGAGAACUGCUCUUUUAUUUCAUUGGAGAGCAUGUCCCUUUUCUUCGGUUAAGGGGUUGAUAAGCUAAGUCCAGUGUCCGAAUAAAUGAACUUUUGUAUGUUUGAUUCUACUAUUAAAAUGUAGUUGCUACUGAAUAAUUUUAUGUUUCAUUAGAGUGCCAAGCGUGGUUUCUACUUCACGACUUUAUGUUUCAAAAUUCUCUUUCAAUAAAACUUCCAGGGAUGACUUGACUAA